GAGGUCCUUUUAAGAAGUCGUCGUCCAUUACGCCAUCCGGAAACUUCUUCAUAGCCAUAAAUAUGAUGGAUGGUUCGCAAGAAACAUGGCAUCUUUUGGGAUGAAACUCGUGAAUAAUAUGAGACCAAGAUUGGGCUCUCUUUAUAUAUCCUGAUUACAUUCCUUUACCAUCCAGACACCCAGACGUCGACGUCUUUUGCGAGAGAGAGAGAGGCAAAUGAAUUGCCGGAGUUUCAUCUGAAGCCAUGGACAAAAUGCCUCAUAUAUGAUAUUCAUACUAGCACUCAUGGCUUCUCUAGCAUCGCCAAUCUUGUUUCGUCAACAUCUUUUCACUUGUGCGACAUUCAAGUAUAUACCCAAAGUCGUUGCACAGAUCGACCUGGACGAUUUAUCAUUUCUAGCCUCGAUGCGAGUUGAAUGGCAAAGGCUACCCAGGUGCUUUAGGAAGGACAGCUUGCUACCAUUUCUACUUCUUCUAAAUGAACAGGUUCAUGAGUUCCAGCAAUUCCCAAUGUUCCAACAAACGAGGUACAUUUCUGUUCAAGGCAGCUCUGUCACCUAAAAGCUUUGAAGAGCCUUUAUAUGUAUUGUGUUGUUUUUCGCUGGUGGUUAUUCUGCAUAGCUAUUCUGGUGUGUAGUUCGAGCUGAAGUGGCGUAAUAUUCCAGGUACCUCGGAUAGGAGACGAGACAUUGUAUGACUCGCAGCAUUCUAUGUAUCCGCAAUCUUAGUAUAGUUUAGGCCAUGCUUCUUCUGUUUUGUUUCAUAUGGAUCAUUUCAUAUACCUUUUUACACAUCAAACCAGUCGGUACUCAAUAAGUUAGUCAUCUGCAGAGACCGAAUCUUAUGGCGAAUUGAGUCCGUUCUAGUGAGCAGAUCCGGCAUUGACAAUGCCGUGCUUUAGUGCGGCAAUUUAGUCCGUUCUUGUAGGUGCCUGGAGUCAGUAAAGAUGUCCAAGCAGUUGAAACCUUUCGUUUUGUCUGUGUCAUUAUGGGGCUUUCGUCAAUCCUACGCCACUUUUAUUUGAAAACCCCGUUCAAGGAGACCCGGCAUAUCGGUAUGAGAUUGACACGCGCGUCAAACGGAGAGUGUUCAUGACCAUGUCGGAACAGUGCUCAAGAAGUCUUCAUCUCUUCCUCGAAGGUGAGCUCUCCUGCUCAAGUAUCAUUUGCACGAUACAGGAGAGUGGCGGUGUAUCUAGAUGUGAUGAUCGACAGCACUAGAUUCUCCUUAAAUGGCGUUGUCUUACUAGUGGUAUCCCGUCAAUAUAUCUUGUUCUGUUGGGUCAGUGCUGUAUACAACAUAUCUACCAAGAAGUCCAAGAAUUUCAACAGCUAUCAUCAUGAUUGCACGUUUGUUGAUGACUUGGCAUAUCUUGAGAAACUCGUUCGAUAAAGAAAUUCAUCAUGAUAGACAAUGAAAAGUCGACAGAGCUCUUGGCUACUUCAGUCCUCAGUGAGGCAUCAUUGUCUAUAAGAGCGGAUUCAAUUUCAAACAUACUUCAAAGACUCGAUGAGUUAGGUCUCCAAUUAUCAAAUGACUACAUUAUCGAUUGGCUUCCAAAAAAUCAAAAUCAUCCUCGAAAUUGGCCGUUGAAACGCAAACUGGCGAAUACGGCUUGCAUUUUCUUGCUUGAUACAUUUGGUGCUCUGCUAGAAUCCGGGGGUUUGGUCGCCGCGACACAAGCAGCAAAAGAAUAUGGCAUUUCACAGACUCAAUCACUUAUUGCUUUUUCUCUCAUGUACGGAAUUGGCGGGGCUCUGGGAAGCAUUAUCUUUCCACCAUAUUCAGAAGCUUUCGGAAGAAAACCGAUAAUCAUAGGUGCAGCUCUUAUGCUACCGCUUAGUUGUAUAAUUACAGGACUUGUACCCUCCAUUGCAGGAGCAUAUAUUGGCCGCUUUAUCAUGGGUGCGACGCUAUCAAUUCCUUCAACUAUUAAUGUAGGCAGUCUGGAAGAUAUGUGGGAACCUGCGACCCAAGGCCAUGCAAUCUAUGCAUGGGUACUAUCUGCGGGACUAGGUGCUGCUCUAGGGCCGAUAUAUGGUACCUACGUCACUAGCGUACUUGGUUGGCGAUGGUUGUAUCAUAUUGGAUCUAUCGGCUCUACCUGCAUACUUGUUGUCCUUCUCCUAGGCAUCUCCGAAACUCGCCCUAGCAAACUACUUGGGAAUUAUCUUAUCGCUAUACAACCAUGUGCAGGAACACUGAAACUCCGCACGCAAACAGCAGAUGAUCAUGUCCCUGAUUUUCAUACCUUUUGUCAGAGUGCCAUCAUUCAGCCAGCCAAAUUAUUCUUUCAGGAGCCCAUCAUUCUCACAAUGGCAACCUUAUCUGCUAUAGCAUUUUCUCUGCUGUUUCUUUUCACCGAGUCUUUAGAUAUUGUCUUCAAACCAUAUGGAUUUAGCCCCACUUCAUACUCUUUAGCAUUCAUUGCAUAUGCUAUAGGCAUGAUUUUUGGCAUCCCCGUUAGAUUGGUAGAAUUUUUUCAUCUCAAGAAGCGUGCAGAAACGAAGCAACUAGAACCAGAAGACAAAAUAGUUGGCUUUGCCACGGGAGCAUCAGCUUUGGCGGCUGGCCUUUGGCUUAUGGCUUGGACAACUCCACCUUUAGUUCAUGGUAUUGAUUGGGUGGUACCAAUGAUAGGAUUAGCAGGUGCUGGAUUUGCAUCGAAUGAAAUAGAGUAUGCACUUGGAAAUUACUUAGCCGAUACAUAUACUGUCUACGCGUCUUCUGCCUUCGCCGCGUAUUCAAUCCUUCGAGCCCUUCUCUCUGGAAUAUUUCCGCUGUUUGCUGACCAAAUGUAUAAUGGUUUGGGAUCGAAUAUCGCUGGCUCAAUACUAGCUGGGGUUGCAACUUUAUGGCUCAUUAGUCCUUAUAUUUUUAUGAAGUACGGGAAGACCUUGAGGGAGAAGGGAAAAUUUGCAAAGUUGAGUUUGGAGAGUGACCCAAAUUCUCAGGCACCAGAUGUGUUGGGAGCGCAAAUUUGUUGAGAUUCGAGACAAAAGCAUCUGCUUAAGCACACGGAGAAAAUGUAUUAGUUAGUUUAUAGAAUAGAUCACUUCAUUUCAUUGAAGAGAAUAAGUUAAUCGUUCAAAACCACA